UCAUGUGCUGUGUGUGUGUGUGUGUGUGUGUGUGUGUGUGUGUUUGGGUUAUUCAUGUCUGUUCUCGUAAGUGAUUAUGAAUACAUGCAGCUUAUUUUCACUGCUAAGUCUUCUGCUAUUCUCAAGAGCAGACGCUCUCUACGCUAACGCUUUACUUAACUGCGUGUUCACUUCAACAAAUGAUGUUGUGUAUCUGGGACAACUCUUCAUCAAUAAGGUGCUGUGGGGAGAAUACAACAGCACUGUGGGGAAAUAUGUCGGAUUCACAGAGAAGGGAAGACAAAUUGCAGAAGAGGUCAACAAAAACCCUUCUUUCUUGAAACAAGAAAAAAAGAAUUUAGAGAAAUGCAAGACCCACGUCCCAGUGGCAAUGGAGAUCCUUUCAAAAGCAGUCGAGCCCUCGGUCAGACUGAGAGCAUUUGAUGCAACGGACAGCAAACACCCACGAAUGCUCGUCUGCAGCGCGUACAACUUCUACCCCAAACAAAUCAAUGUGAGAUGGCUGAGAAAUGGAAAGGAGGUGACAUCUGAUGUGACGUCCACUGAGGAACUGCCCAAUGGGAAUUGGCUUUAUCAGAUGCACUCCUACCUAGAGAUGACUCCCAGAGCUGGAGAGAAAAUCGCCUGCAUGGUGGAGCAUGCAAGUUUCCAGAAGCCCAAACUGUAUGAGUGGGACCCGAUAUGUGAGUCUGACAGGACCAAGAUUGCUGUGGGGACAGCCGUGCUGCUGCUGGGUAUAGUCUUCCUGGUUGCCGGACUUUUUUGCUACCUGAGGAACCCACAUGGACGUCAGUUGGUGCUGACGCAGCCUGCCAGUUAAGGAUUGAAUGAAGAAGAGACGAGCUCCACAAUCAGUUCUCCAAGAGAAAUACAGCUUCACUAUGUGCUUCAGGAUGCUAAUAUGCUUUCAUUUCAUAGCUUUACAAAUGAAUAAUUUGAGCGGUCAUUUUACAUAAAAUUACUAAUCAUCCAAAUAGUUCUGGCUCUACUGCGAUAGAAAACAUGUUGUAAGUUGUACAAAAUGAAGGUCAAGGUCUUCAAUGGAAAAAGUUAAAAUUUUUGUAUUUUUUUUUAUUACUCUUGUUGAAAAUUUAUACACAACAACACUACAUUGCUAAACUUUCUGAAUCUAAUUUUUCAGUCCACGCUGGCUUGGGCAUGUUUGUAUGACAAAAUCACAAUAUUGGUAUAGCCUAUAAUGAUGUAUGAUACUUUAAAACCCUUGUGUUAUUUAUCUUAUUAUCUGCAGACAUAAUCUCCUAAUUUUCAAUGUUUUAUGUUUAAUGUGAAUGAUGUUAAAUGUUGUUGUUUUAUGGCUGCAGCAUGGAAUUUUUAUUUUUUU